AUGCCUCUUUUUGCUAAGCUCGCGGGUCCCCUCGCGAGGCUUACGCGUACACCCCUCCUUGAUAUAUCGCCUGUUCCGACGUCCGGUCAAGUCUCGCCCGUGGAGCGCUCGGCCACUGGCAGUCUUGGCGUGUGGGCGCCGAAAGAAGCACCAGGCGAUCUCGGUCAGGGCCGUCGCAAGCGCAGUGCGAGCCUGAGCCGCCUUGAGUCGGAGCGCAAUGCGCGCCUGCGCGGCGUGCGUCGCAACUCGAUUACAGCAAUCCCAUCCGCGGAAAUACGAAAUGACGAGCCGCAUGUCCCUCCUACUUUUGGGGCAGGCGUACACGACAAGAGCGAGGCAGAGGAGGCCCUUGUCCAACGGGUGCUUGUGACAACGGACCUGAUGGCCUUGGUCAACGAAUAUAUGGCACUUCCCAUGUCGUCUAAGAGUGUGACUGGUGCGAACGAGCUUCUCGCUGCCGCGCUUUCCUCGAGAUCGAUGCAGCCAAGUGAGGAGGCGAUCUAUGCUUUGUAUGAACACAUGCAGCUCUCGAACAUGAUACCUAACGAGGAAACGUAUGCACUUGUGAUCGAAGCAUUGUGCCGUAAGGACAUGGAAAUUUUCUCGCGCGUGGGUAUGUCAAAGGAGUCGUCGCAGCUAUCGCUCGCCAUGACUGUGGCCUACAAAGCCCACGUGAACAAGCAGUUUUUCGCGACCACGGCCCCGUACAACCGCCUGCUGCAAUGCUGUGCACAACGCGGAUGCAGCGAAACGGCGAUAGCCGUGUUGUCACUUCUUGAGAGCAACCUGCGCACCACCAAGGAUGCCGAGUCGUACCGCCUCCUGCUACAAGUAUUUAUGAAUCCACGGCUCAGUUCCAUUGAUGGAGAGACGCCCGAGGAUAAGCAGGCGCGGGCUUUGCGCGCGUGCGUUCAGGUCUUUUCGACAUUUGAGCGCGUCGCCAGUGCCAUGGCCCUCAUUGAGCCGUCUACAACAUCGUUUACGCCAGCGCAAUGCUCGUCUGUAUGGGCAACCAUGAUCGAUGCUUACUUUGCGUUAGGCGAUGCGUUCGGUGCCGUGGCCCUGCUGGACCGUAUUCUCUCGCCUAAGGCCGGCGAACUCGCGACGCCACCGCUUGACGAGCAAAUUGUCAGUCGGAUGAUUCUGGGCUUUGUUUACACGGGCGACUGCCGCUCCGCUGUGCAGUGGCUGAAACAAAUUAGCGCAUCCUCAUUGCCAGCACCCAGUGCACCCGCCCUCGAAGGCAUGGUCCUUGCUGCAAUGCAGCAGCCCUCGACCGAUGCCGCAAUCCUGCUGCGCGAUAUUGCCUUGGUGCUUGCGGGUCGUAGCGUCGCGCCCGCCGACGUGGGCCUCGCUGCGUCGCGGUGCGUUACGAGCCUCGCCACCGUGCUGGAGAUGCGGAAGGUUGAGCGCAGUUUAAGCGCGAGCGACUUGGCCGCAUCAUAUCGCGCUCUGGUCGCCCUUGCCGAAAAGGUGUUUGCACAGUUCUCUCCCGAGCAUCCUCUGCGCACGCGCCAGCAGGCCGGACCGGUAUCGGCUGUGCUGCGUCUCGCGGCGCACCAGUCCGUGAUAGGCGACGGGGCCAUGUCGAGUCGCCUCUUUGCACUGGCAUCAAUGGCGCUUCGGCACGCAGAUGUCAGCUCUGCUGCGAGUGUAAGUUUGAUGUGUGAUGCAUGCCACUUGCCAAUGGCGAUUGCCGAUGCGGCGGUUGCUCACCCCCAGGGACCGCCGAUGCCCCGCUUUGUUGCGCUGGCGACCAUGGUACUGCCUGCACUUGAUGGCAUGUCUGGAUCUCUUGUUGACUCGACUACCACGGCGCUUAUCCGUGAGUACGAGGCCUUGCAUCGCGAUGCACAGUGCGAUCUUGGCAAGCUCGCGCUCUCAGACCAGGACUGGCAGCGCGUCGUGCAGGUACUGCUGCAGGCCGAGCUGGCAGCUGGCACGGCAUACCCUGGCCCAGAGGGUUACUCGAGCUUGGGGAAGCUGUUGGCGGACCUGGCGCGCCUGUCUCGGCGCAUGCCGCUCGAUAUCGAGACGAUUCGCACUAAGCUCGUUGACAAAUAUGGCGAGGUUGGCGCCGAGAUGGUUACGGGCUGGUACGACAGCACGCCUUCUUUGACGUCAACGCACCAUGCUGAAGAUGUGCCAGCGCCGCCCGCCGAACCGGCGGUAUCAGACCGCGCGUGGAAUGACCUGUGCAUUGACGGAAAAUGCAGUACCAUACUCCCGCCAGUCAAGUCACUGGACGGCGCGCUCUCAAAUUUGAUUCAUGGUCUUGCACGACCGCACGGCCAACUGGAGGCAGACGACCUGUACGACCGACUCCAAGCAAGUGUGGAGAAAGGGCAAUACCCGACGCCUGGCGCGCUGGCUGUGUUGAUCAACGCGUUUGGGCGCAAUGCGCAGGUCGAUCGCAUCGACGAGCUGUAUGCGAUGGCCAUGCAUGUGCUAGCGUCGACGCAUCACGGUCACGACUGGCGCCUGCAGCACUGGUCGCAGCUUGAGGAUGGCAUGAUCACGGCGCUUUCGCAUGCCAUGCUGGCCGAGCGCGCGAACCGCCACCGGCUGCGCCUGAUCACCGCGAAGCAGGUGCCAAGUGCAAGUGCAUAUGCGGCACUCAUCGCUACGAUCCAGGAACAUACGGACGAUGCUGUUGUGGCGGAAGAGCUGUUCAACGAGUCGAAGCGCCUAGGCGUACGCCCCACGACCUACCUGUACAACACUGUCAUCUCCAAACUGUCGCGUGCGCGCAAGGUCGACCAGGCGCUGCAGCUCUUUGAGGACAUGCGCUCGACGAACCUAAGACCGAGUAGCGUGACGUACGGCGCUGCGAUCAAUGCAUGUGUACGCACCGGCGACGAAGCGCGUGCCACGGCGUUGUUUGCCGAAAUGGAGCAGCAGCCGACUUUCCAACCACGUGUACCGCCGUACAACACGAUGAUCCAGUACUAUGUGCACUCGGUUAUGAACCGCGAAAAGGCGCUUUAUUACCAUGAAAAAAUGCAGCAGGCUGGUGUGCGGCCAAGCGCCCACACGUACAAGCUGCUUCUUGACGCGUGGGGCACAAUUGAACCCGUCGAGCCCGACCGUCAGCAGGCCGUCUUCGCGCGCCUGUCCGCUGACCGCCUAGUUAGCGUGCAAGGCACCCACUGGGCCUCGCUUAUCCAUACCCAGGGUGUGGUGCUGCGCAACCUGGACCAGGCGCUCAGCACAUUCGAGUCGAUCGCCGAGCGCGCGCCGUCUACGCCGCGCCAGAGCGUGUCGACCGUGCCCGAUGCCGUCGUAUACGAGGCACUGUUUGCUGUGUUUGUCGUGCAUGGCCGUACGGAUCUCAUGCCUGCAUACCUCGCCCGCAUGGGCACACAGCGCAUCCUGCCAACUGCGUAUAUUGCGAAUUUGCUCAUCAAGGGGUAUGCCCAGGACGGGCCGAUGGGUCUUGUCGAGGCACGCCGCGUAUUUGAUGCCAUGAUCGACCCGCCGGCCGGCGUUGCAGCGGCUGGCAACCACCUUCCGCGCCACCACGGUGCGGGUGCCCUUGGUCUGCGCCGCGAGCGUAAACCGACGUACACCAACCGCGAGCAGGCGGUUGAUCGCGCCAAUGUUUUGGGCGCCCUCGUCAACCGCGAGCCCAGCACGUACGAGGCCAUGAUUCGCGCGGAACUACUGUUUGGUCACACGGACCGCGCCAGCGUUAUCCUCGAGCGCAUGAAGGCCCGUGCCUUCCCAGCUGCCCUCGUGCAUCGCGCACAAACAUUGUUUGAUCGCGCGUAG